GGAAGGAAUGCUGAUAACUUGAAGAAAACAACGUAUCCUGAACUGUUAGUUUACAACUCAAAUGUUAACAAGUUCCACUCGAAGAUAGGAGCAGCCUUGGACUUUGGGAGGACUCUACCUGGCCUGCAAGGAACACACCACGUGAUAUCGAUUUUAUGAUGCUUGUUUAGUUGCCGCAUAGCUCUUCUCGAGACGAGCGCCCUGGUGGCGGCUUUGUCCGCAUAACGUAACACUGCGGUAGCCUUCGUAGCUAAGGGUUAUUUCGUCACGUUCUCUUUAUAAACUCGAAGUUAGCAUAGAACUUCUCUCUGGAAGUGGGUGUUAAAGGGUGACGAGAGUUGACUAGGACUAUGGGUGUGUUCAAGGUUGGAGAUUUUACCCGAGAUACUUUGAGGCUACUGGCAGGACGAUCCUGAACAGAGAGAGAGAGAGAGAGAGUUAGGUUCGAGAAUAAGGUGUCCUCAGUCUCUCCUAGUGAAGAAAACAAGAUUUUGACGUUCUAACACUUCGAUUUAAUAACGUAUAUAUCGACCUUGAAAAACAGGGUGUUACGUAGAGCUAGCUGCUAACCGAGAGACGUAAUUGUCGCACACAUGUAGAGACGGUCAAAGUUAGUUGGUGCUACGGUAGCAGACGGUCUCACUUUCACCCAUGGUUGUCUUAUUCAAGAGUACUUGUCUGUCUGUCUACUUCUUCUUUUUUUUUUUUCGACGACGUUGUGGAAUAAGCGACAGCUAAGUUGGACUUGCAGUUGGGAUGAUUUGAAAACAACAACAAAAUCCCUUCAGACGUGUGGGAGUAAACUAGCAUUCUCUUGUAAAAAAAUCGCGAAUGUUUAGAAACUUUGUGUUGUGCUUUAAAGUGUAGGAAAGUUGUGAUUAUAUGUGAAGACAAGGAACGCUGUUACAUGCUCCGUAACGCGAAGAGCUUGAAACGUUAACCAUCAGAUCUGCUGGUGCUACUCGGAACAUGCAGGGCUCAUCUGAGCCACCAUUCCCGGAGCGAGACGACAUGUCUGUAACCCCUACCGGUCAGGCCGGUAUUAAGAAGGAAAAGGCAUCGUCCGUGCUUAAAAGGCUGGGAGGGCCGAGACCGGCUCUAUUAUCAGACAACAAGUGGGAACUCGUUAUUCCUGCUUUGAAAGUGGCAUCUAUAACGUCGAUCGCGUUAGCUCUCGCGGCUAGUUUGAUAGGCGUAUAUCUGUUCACUAAUAGUGGGACCUCUCAGCCAAAGGAGCCGCACUGUUCGCCUCUCAAGGCUCCUUUCGUUGGCCGCCAGUUUACUUGUGGGCCCGAUAAGAGUGGACACUGUCCUGUGGACUGGGUCGUAAGUCUUGCGGGCAUUGUUAUUUUAGUAAACCUCUUUUUUGCUGCCCUGUUUAGGGGCUUGUUAGUGCGUAGUAGCCCCAACAUGUUUACUCGACGUCACACCAAGGGGUCCCGGCAACCCCAGGAUCCGGAUACCCUAGUCCAGACCAGUUCUUCCUCAUCCUCUCAGGAGUUCCGGUCAUCAUUCAGCACGAGUGAAGUCCGGACCGUCCAAACUUCGCAGGUUAUCCGCAAGACCACGACACUGUCACAAGGAGAUGGCCAGCAGACAGUCACUACCAGCGAAGUGACCACCCCAGGACGAACGGUCACAACACAUUACGUGGUCAAACAAGAAUCAUCUUCCACGGAUCAUACUGACCGCAGCGACAAAAAAAGCAAAGUCCAGCGUGCCAGGAAGACUCGGGAAAUGACACAAGGAGAUGACCAGCAGACAGUCACUACCAGCGAAGUGACCACCCCAGGACGAACGGUCACAACACACUACAUGGUCAAACAAGAAUCAUCUUCCACGGGUCAUACUGACCACGGCGACAAAAAAAGCAAAGUCCAGCGUGCCAGGAAGACUCGGGAAAUGACACAAAGAGAUGACCAACAGACAGUCACCACCAGCGAGGUGACCACCCCAGGACAAACGGUCACAACACAUCACGUGGUAAAACAAGAAUCUUCUUCCACCGGUCUUACUGACCGCGGUGACAAGAAAAACAAAGCCCAACGUGCCAGAAAAACCCAAGGAACUAACCGGGUCACCAAAAAACCAGCGGAAAUGGCUCAAACGAAACAGAUAUCGGAUAUAAUUGGACAAACUGAUAAAGUGUUAACAGCCAGAGAAGCACUCCUGCUCUGGGCACAGCGUACUACUGAUCGAUAUCCAGGAGUCAAAGUUACCGACUUCACUAAAAGUUGGAAAGAUGGACUUGCCUUCAAUGCCAUACUUCAUAGAAACAGGCCUGAUCUUAUUGACUGGAGGACAUUGCGAAUAAAGUCUCCUCGUGAUAAUCUGGAACUGGCAUUUUCCGUAUUGGAGAAAGAGUGUGGGGUCACUAGACUUCUUGAUCCAGAAGAUGUUGACACCCCCGAUCCUGAUGAAAGGUCUCUUAUCACCUAUAUAUCCUCUCUCUACGACGUCUUUUCCGAGCCUCCAGAAUACCACCCAUUUGCGGACAGUGAGAAACUACGAAAGGUGGAAGAGUACAAAGAACUGGCCAGUACACUCAACCUUUGGAUACAAGGAAUGACAAGGGCUCUACAGGAUCACACUUUUCCGUGUACAUUGGUAGAAGUAAAAGCUCUGUUGGUAGAGAAUAACAAACUUAGGGUUACAGACAUCCCACCAAAACUUCAUGACAAACAAAAACUGUUCCAUCUCUACACAUUACUACAGAAUACGUUUAGAGAAACCGGAUCUGUAGACAUAGAAACCGAACUUCAAUUUGACACGAUUGAAAAAAACUGGAAUCAACUAAUGUUGGCUCUUCAAACUAGGGACCAAGCGAUUCGUGAUGAAAUUAGCAGACUAGAAAAGCUUCAGAGACUUGCGGAGAAGCUUCACAGGGAAGCCAAACAGUGUGAUAGAAGAAUUGACGAUAUAGAGAAAAAAGUGAUAGAGGAAGAAAUGAGAAUCCAGCGGCUCCAUUCAAUGGAUGCUGUACAGAACUGUGAUCAAAUUCAAGCUGAACUAAACGUCAUCGAUGAAAACAUCCAAACAAUGUUCAAGGAAGUGGAGUCACUUCGAGAUGGACAUUACCACCAAACACAUGAAGUUCACAAGAGGGUGCAAAACCUUCAUCAGAGGUGGAUCACAAUCCAUACUACUUUUACAACCACAUUAUUAAACCCAUUAUCAACUCGUGUUGCGAAAACUGAAGAAAGACAGGUGACCAAACGGAGACAAGUUGCGUAUGAGCAACACUUAGUUGAGACCAACGAAGCCUUUAAGUUUUUACAGGAAUGCUUGGACUGGGUGAAUGGUAAAUUGAAAUUUCUUCAUUCUGCUGAAUAUGGUGGUGAUCUUCCAAGCGUCAAGUCCUUACUAGAAAAACACCAAACUGAACACCAGGCGAUCAGUCAGUUCCACAGGAAUAUUGACCAGUGUGCAACUAGAAAAAACCAGUUUAGAGGAGAUGAACAAGAACUGUACUGUAGACUGUUGUCCAAACUUGAGAAGAACUACUCGGAACUUGUUAUCUUAUCCAACAGACGUCUCACCGAUUUAGAAAUAUUGUUAGACUUCAUUCAGUCGUCUACCAACGAGCUGAUGUGGAUGAACAGAAAAGAGGAAAUAGAAGUCACUAGAGAUUGGAGUUCCGUCACUCUGAACAUUGUAGAAAUAGAGCAGUAUCAAGAAACUUUUUCCUCUGAACUUGAAAAAAGAGAGAUUCAGUUUAAUGCUAUCACAGACAGAGGCCAGAGCCUGAAACUCCAGAAACAUCCGGCUAGCAACUGUAUCGAGGCUUACUUAUCAGCCAUGCAGUCCCAGUGGUAUUGGUUACUACAACUCUCUAUAUGCUUAGAUGAACACUUACGGAAUGCUUCAUCUUAUCAUCAGUUCUUUACAGAAGCAAAGGAGUGUGAACAGUGGCUAGCACAUGUCGAAGAACAGUUAACUACCACUUUUAGUCGUAAGACUUUUCCUAUCGAUGAAGGAGAGAGUCUACUGAAGCAGAUGUUGGAUCUCAAAGAAGAUAUGACUCAUUACAAGAAUAUAGUUAUAUCUCUUGUUGACCGAAGCAAAGGAAUAGUCCCUCUCAAACAGAGACGACAGCCUCUUUCAGAACCUCUGAAAAUCACAGCAAUCUGCUCUUACAAACAACUUAAUAUGACGAUAAUAAGAAAGGAAGAGUGUUGGCUCCAUGACAACAGCCAGAAAAUUAAAUGGAAAGUCAUCAACUCUGCUGGUACUGAGGGACUGGUCCCUGGAGUCUGUUUUGUUAUACCACCUCCAAACUUUGAAGCUACGGAUCUUGCCCAAAG